AUGGUCAAAGAUUACACUUCCCCGCAAGAGACACGACAUCCGUACUACAAGCAAACCGGCGUGCCAAAUCUCUUCCGGCAGUUCCACAAUUUCGAUGAUAAAACAGUGUUUGGGAAAUAUGAAGAGCUGGUCAACGAUGCAGACAGCCGUAAUUUUGUGAUAGACUUCAGCACUGAAGAAGCUUGGGCGGCAUUCAACUUACAAUCUCAUGAUUUUAUUGGACUUCUCAAGACGAAGAGACCUCCUUCUCUCGGAACACGAUGGAUCAAUAUUUGGGCCCCAAAUCUCCAGAAGGAUGUCGUUCAGGCAAUAGCUUUAUACUAUGGAUUCUCACCGCGUCUUCUCGGCCUGAUGUGCUCAGAUCCGCUCAAACCCAUGCCAAUGGUCAUAGCCGAGCGGAAGCGUCGGUUUUACCAUCGAACGUCGAAAGACGACACUGUACGGAAAACUGCGUCUAGUUAUGUAACAGAUGCCGAGGUUGGCAUCCAGAUGACGGAGCGAAAAUCCGCAGAGACAUCAGCGCUUCGUCUUGACCUUAAUCACUACCAUUUAGUGGAUGAAGUAUGGCAUUAUUCUUCAGUGGACUGGGGACGGAGUUAUAUGUGUUUGGGGUUCAACUCACUCUACAACGUUCACAUCGACUUAUCAAAUACAGACGAUAAGGAACGGAGCCGUCUCGACGUGCCCGAUGGGAAAAGGGUAUGGAGCUGGCUAAUAAUUUGCGAUGACGGCACGGUAAUCUCGGUUCAUGAGGAUCCAUUUCCUGGGAAUCAUUGUCAGAGCAAAGCCCGAAAAUCAGCAAUUCGCGCGAUUCGCCGCAAUCUUCUCAUAGUCUUUGGUCAGUUGUCCAGAGCUACCGAUGAAAGUGAUAUGCCGAACCCAAUCACGCUUUUGCCUAUCAGAAAAGGGCCGCACACGCCGCAAAACUACCCUGAGGGCGUGUCCGCAGCAACAAACAACACGGACGCGCCAAGUUUACUGCUUUACUACCUUUUCGAUGAUUGGUAUACAAGUUAUUCCCUUGUGGUGAGAACAGGUCAUCAAUAUGCCGCGGAACUGGAUAAACUGCGAGAGCAAAUGCUUGAUAAACCCGAACUUAGACAGAUUGACAGAUUGCACCAUAUUGGGCGCCAACUGGGCGUUCUCAAGCGUAUUUAUCGAAGUUACGAGCUCAUCAUUGAUAGAGUCCUUGAGAAGCAACGACCGGCAACAUUCAACCAAAUGGACUAUACUGAACCUCAGUCAACACAUGGAUUGAAGCCUAAAAUCGAGGCAAUUACGCGCCGACAUAUGCAUCGGAUAUUCUCAGACGUCGAAGCACCUGAAACGGACGGGUUUCUGGGGGCGCCUUUGAGCCAGGCAGCUAUUGUCCGAUUUGAGCGACUCAAAGAUCGGAUUGGACUUUAUGCGCUGAGCGAGAUUCAGGAAUGCUUGGAGGAGAAAGAAUCCUUGGUGCUCAUGAAUUUCAACUUGAUAGCCAUCAAAGAAUCUUUCUCAGUGGAAAGACUGACCAGAAUAACAAUUCUUUUAUCUAAAGUUGCUAUGCUAUUCAUGCCUGUUAGUCUUAUGACUGCAUACUUUUCAGUCCAAAUUCCGGAUUUACAGAGCGAAUACACCGCAACGACCUACUGGGCUAGCUUCUCCGUGAUCAUGGCAUUGUCAGUUCUGUCUCUUGUUGUUUUUGGGAUGCUCAGUGGCACAGUUGAAGGGAAGACGAUAUACAAACCCUUCAGCCAGAGCAUUGCAGAAGUCUACAGGCGUACCUUUCGACCAAAGAAGAAGAUACACGGAUAGACAUGAGAUCACAGCAUGAUGGUGUUUGUUU